AUGGCGUCACGAAAGAAGGUCCUCCUCAAGGUUAUCAUACUUGGUGAUAGCGGCGUUGGCAAAACAAGCUUGAUGAACCAAUAUGUCAACAAGAAGUUCAGUGGGAGCUACAAGGCGACUAUUGGCGCGGACUUCCUCACCAAGGAGGUCCUUGUCGAUGACCGGCUGGUGACGAUGCAGAUCUGGGAUACCGCUGGUCAGGAACGGUUCCAGUCACUAGGUGUCGCAUUCUACCGAGGAGCCGACUGCUGCGUGUUGGUCUACGACGUGAACAACUCGAAGAGUUUCGAGGCGCUCGACAGCUGGCGGGAUGAGUUUUUGAUCCAAGCUAGCCCGCGUGAUCCCGAGAGCUUCCCUUUUGUGGUCAUCGGCAACAAGAUCGAUGUUGAGGAAAACAAGCGGAUGAUCUCUUCGAAACGAGCUAUGACAUUCUGCCAGUCCAAGGGCAACAUCCCGUACUUCGAGACCAGCGCCAAGGAAGCCCUCAACGUUGAGCAGGCAUUCGAAGUCAUCGCCCGGAGUGCACUUGCGCAGGAAGAGGCGGAGGAGUUCAGUGGUGAAUUCAGUGACCCGAUCAACAUCCAUCUGGACAAUGAGCGUGAUGGUUGUGCCUGUUGA